AUGAACUCCAACCCCCAACAACAACAACACCAACAAUACUACUCCUACCGUACCACCAACUCUGCUGCAGGCACCUCCGCCCCCGACAACACCAACCCCAACACCACCACCUCCUCCACCCCUACCUUCUCCCGACGCAAUGAACAAGACGAAUUAUGGGGCGGCAUGACCCGACGAGCGUUUAAAGACCGUUUCGCAGCCGCUGCCCUCCGUUAUUAG